AUGUACAGCAAAAUUUGUAUUUUAUUAUUCAUAUCGUACACUUGUCUAGUGACCGCGGACUCAGUGUCGUUCAUCAAAAAAUGUAAAUGGGACGAUGGUAAAUGUGCUAAGGAAUCAGGUCAAAAUGUAAUACAGAAGUUUGCUGCUGGUAUAUCAGAAUAUAAUGUCGGGGUAUCUGAUCCUCUUCACAUCGAAUAUGUAGACGCUAGUUCACCAAACAUGAAACUGAUUGUCACCGAUGUUGUGGUCACCGGACUGAGGAACUGUGAGGUCAAGAAGAUUCAGAGAUUCGAAGAUAGCUCAAAGUUGAUCGUCAAACUCCUGUGCGCUGCUGAAUUGAAUGGAAAAUAUGACAUGAAAGGACAGCUCUUUGUUAUUCCCAUUGAAGGCAACGGUGGUCUAUAUUCUAAAGUCCCCAAGAUUCAAAUCAACGCAGAAGUAGAUUUAAAUACCAAGCAAGGCAAAGACGGCAAGGACCAUUGGAUUGUGAAGUCAUGGCGGCACACAUUUGAGCUGAAGGACAAAUCUACGGUCAAAUUCGAAAACUUGUUCCCUGAUAACGAAUUUUUGAGAACAUCCACCAACGAACUGAUUGCUCAGAACGGUAAUGAUGUGAUCAUCGAAAUUGGAGCUAAUCUCAUCAAAGCUAUAGUCGGUAAAGUUGUAGAGAACAUCAAGAAAUUCUUCAUCGCAGUACCAAUAGAAGAUCUUUCGCUUUAA